AUGGCCGAAGAGAGUUCCCGCCGGUUUGUAGGCGAGCAAUCCCUCACAGAAGAUAACAUCCAUGUUUCCCUCACCUAUGACCCGCUCGACGCUACUACCCACAUGGCCAGAGUGAAAAGUCCCAAAGCAGGCGCCGUGGUCUUAUUUGCAGGCUGUACCCGCGAUUCCUUCGCCUCCAAGACAGUCACUCACCUAUCCUACUCCACAUAUCCUCCGCUUGCGCUCAAGACGCUUCRAAGAAUAUGCCGCGUGAUCUGCGAUACCCACUCUCUUACGGGAAUCUCGGUGAGCCAUCGUCUCGGACGUGUGGACAUUGGUGAUGAGAGCAUCAUCAUCGCCAUUGCUGCUCCACACCGCAAAGCUGCAUGGCUCGCAGGAGAGGAAUGUCUCGAGCAGAUCAAAUCGAAGGCUGAGAUCUGGAAGGAGGAAUGGUUCGAGGAUGGUGGAGUCUGGAGGAGUAAUCGGGAUGGCCAAGCCGGUGUACCUGUGAGGAAGGUAUCAAAAGCCAGCAAUGCUCCACCGAAGAGAGGUAUUCUGAAAUCCAGAACUCAAAGCAGUGGAGAGUGGACUGAGGGUGGCUUGGAAAUUUGA